AUGGUUGAAGACGAAAGCGAAAACAUUCAGCGAUACGCCAAGCACGCCAAUGUUCUUAUGGGGCCAAAGGCUACCCGUCGCGCCGUUCUUAGUGGUUUAAAGCAGCACCCUUGGGUACAUUUGGCAUGUCAUGGUCGGCUGGGGGACAAAGGCCAACCGUUCCGUGCCUCAUUUGAGCUUUACGACAAACCUUUGACCCUUCUUGAUGUAAUCCGGGCUAGACUACCCAAUGCUGAGUUCGCCUUUCUAUCAGCAUGUCAUAGUGCUUCUGGGGACGCCAAUACACGGGACGAAAACAUCCAUCUCUCAGCAGCAAUGCAGUUCUGCGGAUUCCGAAGUGUUGUGGGCACACUGUGGGAAAUGAACGAUGAGGAUGGUCCAACUAUCUCGCAAGAGUUCUAUCGGUACAUGUUCCGUAGCUCAGAAAGGUCUCCGAGUUUUACAGACUCAGCUGAGGCAUUGAACCACGCUGUGAGGGCAAUGAGAAAGGCUAAGGUUCCUAUCGAGCAUUGGGUCAUGUUUGUUCACAUCGGUGCUUGA